AUGCAAAUAUGGCAUGCAAAAUUGAACCAGUGGUACUCCAUUCUGACAUCUUUACUGUGCUUGAAUCUAACCCAUUUUAAUUGCUCUGCUCUCAAGACUGAAGUGCUUGUCAUCGGAGGUGGUCCUGCCGGCUCGUACGCCGCUACUCUUCUUGCUCGAAAUGGAUUCUCCGUUACUUUAAUGGAGCGUGAUGUAUUCCCGAGAUACCACGUUGGAGAAAGUCUUGUGCCGUCUGUUCGCCAGUUUCUGUCUAUUGUGGAAGCCGACCAGAUCAUCAGUUCACACGGGUUCAUACCUAAGGCAUGUUCUCCCGGCUCUGCCGUCAAACUUGUUCAUACACCGGGGUCUAGGGAGUCUUACACAGAUUUUAUUGCCGAAGACCCCGAGAACGGAGCCUGGAAUGUGAUUCGCUCGGAAUUUGAUGACAUCCUACUCAAACAUUCCGCUGCCUCCGGAGUGAUCGUCCUCGAAGGCGUGAGGGUCACCAAACUUCAUUUCGACACGGAGCGUCCUACUUCAGCCGACUGGGAACGCCAUUCUGCUGGAGAGAAGGGUACCAUUCGCUUCGAGUGGCUUGUCGACGCUUCUGGCCGCAGUGGAAUUGUGUCUACCCAGUAUCUGCGCAACAGGCACUUCAAUGAUUCCCUCAGAAACAUCGCUUGUUGGGGAUAUUGGGCGGGCGGGGGUGUCUAUUUGCCCGGAACGAAGAGGCAUAAUGCUCCUUGGUUCGAAGCUUUGACAGGCACGUUCUCAGGAUGGGCAUGGUAUAUCCCUCUGCAUGAUGGCACCACCUCUGUUGGUAUCGUCAUGUCGGAACGGGCUAGUUCUGCCAAAAGGAGGGCGUUCAAUGAGAGUCGAAACAAUAUUUCGAGUGCUCCCACAUCGUCUUUGACUGAGUUCUAUCUAGACCAGAUCCAAUUUGUACCGCAAGUUGGAGAGUUCUUAAAUAACGCUACGCUCAAAAGUAACAUUCGUUCGGCGAGCGAUUAUAGCUACUCGGCCCAAGCGUACUCUGGGGAUCAUUUUCGACUGGUGGGCGAUGCGCCCGCGUUUAUCGACCCGUUCUUUUCGUCUGGAGUCCAUCUUGCAUUCACUGGUGGCCUAGCGGCAGCUUGCACCAUCGCGGCAUCAAGAGACCAGACCUGUUCCGAGCAACAAGCUCGUAAGGUCCACGACCUCAAGAUCGGGACCGCUUACACUCGAUUCUUGGUCCUCAUUCUCGGCAUCUACAAGCAAAUACAAUCUCAGAAUGAACCAGUACUCCAUGAUGUUGACGAAGCGAAUUUCGACCGUGCCUUCAGUUUUAUCCGUCCUAUUAUUCAGGGAGCCAGCGAUGUCGGGAAAGAGCUUACGGAGGACGAGGUUCAAAAGGCCAUGGACUUCUGCACGAACAUAUAUGCUCCCGUCGACCCUGAUCAGUUCAAAAUAGUCCGCGAGCGCAUCGACCCGCAGCUUCUUGCCAAAGACGGGCCGAUAUUACUGCCAGACGAUAUCAGCAACAUUGUCGGCCCACAGGACGAGGAGGUAGUUAACCUUUUGAAAAGGUAUCAUGCACGUAGGCCGUUACGAGAGUUGUUUGAUACGCACGGACAUUUUAGCCAUGAAGAGCUUGAUGGAUUUGUGAUCAGUUGCGAGGGAGGUCGCCUGGGUUUAGCUGCGGUCAAGGAUCAGAAGUGA